GUUCCCUCAGAAGAUCCUGUUGUUUGGUUUUUCAGCAAAUGAUUUGCAGUUUCUCAAUUUCAAAUUAAUUAUCCAAUUUUGAUUGUUUUGUUGUUUAUUGCUUUCGUUAUUUCUUUUUGCUGGCUUAACCAUCAUCAUGGUCUUGGAAAGUACUAUCCUCUGCAUUGACAGUAGUGAAUACAUGAGGAAUGGAGAUUUUGUACCAUCGAGAUUACAAGCUCAACAAGAAGCUGUUCAAUUGAUCUGCCAUUCGAAGACACGUUCUAAUCCCGAAAAUAAUGUUGCUCUCAUCUCUAUGUCACCAAAUCCUCAUGUUUUGACAUCUCUAACUGCUGAUGUUAACCGAAUCCUUGCUAAGCUUCACCAAGUUCAGCCUGGUGGAAAUUUAAAUUUAGCCACUGGCGUCAGAGUUGCUCACUUAGCUUUAAAACACAGACUUGGAAAGAAUCAUAAAAUGCGAAUUAUAGCCUUUGUUGGAUCGCCUAUCGACGUGGACGAGAAAGAGUUGAUUAAACUGGCUAAAAGAUUAAAGAAGGAGAAAGUUAAUGUUGAUUUGAUCAAUUUUGGGGAAGAAGCACAUAAUACCGAAAAACUAACUGCUUUUAUCAACACUCUCAAUGGUAAAGAUGGUACUGGCUCUCACCUUGUAACUGUUCCUCCUGGGCCUCACCUUAGUGAUGCAUUGAUUAGCUCACCAGUUAUUCAGGGAGAAGAUGGAACUGGUGCUGUUGGUUUAGGUGGAUCAGGCUAUGAGUUCGGUAUUGAUCCUAAUGAAGACCCUGAAUUGGCCUUGGCUCUCAGAGUAUCAAUGGAGGAACAAAGACAGCGUCAAGAAGAGGAGGCUAGGCGAGUGGCUGCCAUUUCUGCCCAGUCAGGUGAAUCUAGUGGAGAAAAAUCUAAAGAUGAAUCUUCAGCUGCUGCUGCAGGCAGUUCUAGUGCCAAUACAGAAGAAGCUCUUCUCGAAAAAGCUUUGGCUAUGUCUUUAGAAAGUGACAAGAACACCAAUAAGGAUCAAUCUAUGGCUUCAGGUUCGGCUAUGCCUGAUUUUGCUUCAAUGUCAGAAGAAGAGCAGAUUGCAUAUGCAAUGCAAAUGUCACUACAACAGACACACGAAACUAAACCAGGAAAUAAAGAAACUAAAGAACCUGAACCAAUGGAAACUGAUCAACCAGAUGAAAAGCAAGAGGAUAAAAAAUAACUAGUUUUCUUUAUUAUCUUUAUUAACUUUCCAUAAUUUUUGAUUGUAUAAAAUCACAAGGAAAAUAAAAUCCAUUCGGCUUCUAUGGUAAAUUAAUUUUA